CAGGUAGGUACAGGGUCAGUACAACCGAGAUAGAGUAUCAUACCCGGUAGUAUACGUGUGACCUCGGUCAGGGCUCUGUUGACGAAGAUAUGUAAGAUAAUGACAAGUGACAGGUUAGGAGAAUCGGGACCAUUGGCGACUUAGAACCUAUGAUUUUUGUUUACAUGACUACACGGAAAGCAAUACAGCGAUAAUAUCAUCAGAAGGAGAAAACCAUUAGGAUGUACUUCCGGGUUGUCUCUGGUCCAUUCCUGUGCUUCUGGUAAAACAGUCCAGCUUCAGGUGUUUGCUUGCAGAGGAGGUGUAUUGCGAAUCAACAGAUGAGCGACGUCUAGCUGUCCGCCUUCUCCGACAUGCCUAGUCAUCUUAUAAACGACUACAUAGCGGGAGCUAUCGGAGGUUCGGCUGGUCUGUUGGUUGGACACCCGUUUGACACUACAAAGGUGAAAUUACAGACACAACAUGGAAAUCAGCGAAAAGGAACCCUGGCGAUGGUCUCAAACAUCUUCAAGCAGGGAUGGACUACUGGCUUCUUUCGGGGACUGUCAUGGCCGAUGAUGUCCUACGGAGUUGUAAACUCGGUCCUAUUCGGCGUCUACGGGAACACCCUUAAGUUCCUGGACAAGGACAAUGACACUAAGAAGUCAUCCUACCUCAACAUUUACCUGGCGGGAUGUGUAGGGGGCGCUGCACAACUGAUUCCGGUCAUACCUACUGAUUAUGUCAAAGUCGUGUUGCAGUCCCAGGUUUCCCAUGAUGCACAUAAGACAGCAGUCCAGAGAGCAAGCAAAGACCCUUAUUUCAAGGGACCAAUACAGUGUGCCAGACACGUGUACAGAACUGAAGGAUUGUUGGGAUUAUACAAGGGUGGUGGAGCCAUGUUCUGGCGCGAAGUCCCAUCUUACGGCCUCUUUCUCCUCGUCUACGAGUCCUUCAGCGAGGCCAUCAAAUCUAGAGGCUGGACUGACUCCAAGGGAUUCAUAGCUGAUUUUAUCGCUGGUGGCUGUGCAGGAAGUAUGACUUGGUUCUCUAUAAUGCCAAUUGACGUUGUAAAGAGUCGUUAUCAGGCAGAUAUGGUGGGUCAGUACAAGGGACCGUUGGAUUGUGCAAUCAAAAGCUUUAAGGCAGAUGGACUCCGGGUGUUCUAUAGAGGCAGUAUUGUGACGUGUGUCCGAGCGUUUCCGGUGAACGCUGUGACGUUUGUUGUAUAUUCACAGAUUCUACAGUAUCUGGACAGCAGGUGAUGGCGGUCUAGGAAUAACAUUUAUUUGUAUAUACAAUGAAAUAUACUAGUACGAUAAUUGUCUAUAAUACACAUAAAACGAAAAUGCUUAUUUUUAUUUAUAUAAUUAUCUCUUCAUUUCCACAUAGCUAAAAUAAGAAAAAAUGCAAUUUUAAUGCAAUGUCAGUAUAAUAUUUCGUAUAAAAGAAUAUUUUCAAAAAUUCUGAUUAUUUUUUUUAAUUGAAUGAAUGAAAACUAUAUUAAUCUUUAUCAAAUUAAA